AUGGUAAAAGCUACACGAAACUGGAUAAAGAAGUUUAAUAAAUUUUGUCAACAUUAUAAUUAUAUAACACCAAUUAAAAGUAUUGAAGAUUCUUCUUUAAUUGAACAACAAUUAUGUAAAUUUAUUGCACAAAUGACAAAAAAAGAUGGAGGUAAAUACAAAGCUAAGACUAUUAAGCAAGCUAUUGAUAGAAUAAAUAGAUAUAUUAGCAAAAACAGAGCAAUUUGUGACCUUAAUUUACAUGAUAAAUAUCAAUUUCCAGAUUUGUAUAAUAUUUUGAAUAGCAAAAUGAAAGAUUUGCAAGAAAAAGAAUUAGGAAAAAAGAAGGAUCACAAAAACAAUCAACAAGGAAUUGAAGAAGAAAAUGCACAAUGUAUUCAAUUACUAGCUGAUCAAUCUGAUACUUUGGAACCUCCAAAUCAAAAUUGGCGUGAAACUAGUAUUUGGUAUCUUAAAACACACUGUGAUUUAAAUAGGGUAAAAAAUUUUAUGAAAGAUAUUGGGCAAAAAGUAAAAGUAAAACUUCCUGAUAAUGCUUUAACGAACCAUUCUGGAAGAAAAACUAUAACCCAGAUACUUCAGAAUGUUAAUAUACCAGAAGAUCCUAUUAUGAAUAUCACAGAGCAUAAAAGUUCUCAAGGUGUACAUAUAUAUAAAACUAUAAAUGGAAGUCAAAAACUUGAUACAAUGAAAACUUUAAUUAAUACUAUCGAACCAGCAUCAAAUAUAUGCCUGAUGAAUCAAGAAUCUCCUUCAGUACUUAAUGAAAUUAUUAGAUCUCAUGUUAAUAUCAAUAUAACUACUACACAAGAUAUUAAUAUAGUUCAAG